UCAUGCAGAUGAUUCUAGCCAGGUGUCAAACACAAAAUUCGAUACCAAAGCAUCUGACCUUCUUACCCGCGAUUUAAAGGCCACUGGUACCGUAGGCUCAGUACAGAAGUCUUGUGACUCAAGCAAUGGCUGCAGUUGCGUGUGUCAAGGAUGGGCUGAGAUUCUGGUUCGAAGACCAACCGGAAAUACUUCGUGGAUUUUGAGAUUACAAAAUCGGCCGAAACUCGAUGAAACACAAACUUCACGACCAGCGGUAGGAGAGACAGAGAUUUAUGAAAGUUUAAUUCCAAAACAAUUCUUUGAUGAUUUAUCGGCCGAACUCAUUAAAGAAGGAGCCAGACAACGCCUUGAAACUACAACAGAACUUCUUAGCAAGAGCGCAGACAGCGAUACAUUGAUUGUUGAUCUUGUCAAAGAUCGUCUUGCAUCUCGUAGAGAGGAUGAGGAAACUAAUAUUGAAGAUACCCGGGAUGAUGUUGAAAUGAAGAAAAUCGAACUCAAGGAGUCAGACAAUGCAGAACAAAAGGUGCUGCUCACAGAACAGGGCAGAUCUUCACCCUCGUCAAUUUUAUUACAAGAUUCCGGUCAAAAGUUGAAUCUUGGUUCGUCGUUUGUUCAACGAACUCGAUAUUUGAGUCGUAGUCCGAGAGAUGGACCAAGCGCUUUUAUGCUUCUUGAUGUCGUACCAGAUUCCAAAGACAGUGUUUUACACAAGGAAGAAACUGAAGGGAACAGUCAAGACUUAUUAACUCGUGAAGAGUUUCAAAAGCCUGUUCUUGGUAAAUCUCCUCUGGAUGCAAGUCCUUUGAAAACUCUUCUGAGUCAAGACGAGGAUGAACUUAAAGAAUCCAGUGACGAUAGCGUGGAGGAUUCAGAAAAUCCAGAAAUAUCACCUGUCCACGAGGAUGACCAGACUUGCUCCCCAGAAUUUGUUGACGUAAACGAAGAUUGCGCAACAAAUCACGCCAUUAUCGCUGUCGACGACACUACGUCAUUACCUGGUUCUCGUGGGCAGAGUCCCCUGACCCACCUUGAGCGAUGUUGUCGAGUUAGCGAGUCAAGCAGUGGAACAGUCUCGCUCCCAACUACCCCGAUUUCGUCGCGAACGAAGAGUCCCGAAUUUUUCACUGGAAAAACGCCGUUCCAAAAUGGUCGCAGGGCUGUAAGUCCGUUACUAGAUACCCCUGGAGGAGAAACCCCAGCAGCAAAGGAGUUUUUGAUGCAGAAGAAAAGUGCAACAGUUGAUUUGGGAGUUUUAAGGAGGACUUCGUCAUCUCCGGGAUUAGAUGAACCGAAUAACGGAAGACGUGGGCUGAUGAAGUAUUUUGACAAUGGAGUUGACAAAGAAAGCAAGGAGAAGAAGCAGUCCCUGGUGAUGCGACGUCAAACAUUGUCAGCAGCUAACCAACCUCCAAGAAAGCAAGUGAAUAGAAGAACUAACAACGGACUGUUCCCUGUUUCGAUCACCAAACAUUGCGAGAAGAAUGCGGAAGACGUGUCUACUACUUACGACGCGAUGUCCCCGAAUUUUAUUUUCUUGCAAUUUUAUCAAUCAUCCUGGUUUGGCGAUGAAAAUGUACCGCUUCCAUUACCUGAAGAAGAGUUUUGUUAUCGUGCUGUGAAAAACCUGGACCGUAUCCCGCCAUUCGACACUCACAAAAUAGGGGUUAUUUAUGUUGGUCGAGACCAGGAAAACGACGAGGUUUCUAUCCUGCGUAAUCAAUAUGGAUCCUCCAGGUACAUGGCGUUCCUCUCCGGUCUCGGUGAAUUAGUGCGUCUUAGAGAUUUCUUGUUAUGUGAGGUCUAUACUGGAGGCUUGGAGAGAAACGGCGCAGAUGGACACUACGGUUAUAGUUGGAGAAGUGAGAUUGCACAAGUUAUGUUUCAUGUCGCCACAUUAAUGCCAAACAAAGAAAAUGAUCCAAACUGUCACUCAAAGAAAUUACACAUUGGCAAUGACUUUGUCACUAUUGUCUACAACGACUCGAAAACGUCGUAUAAUAUGGGAACUAUUAAGGGUCAAUUCAACUUUGUGGAAAUAGUAAUCAAGCCUCUGGAUAACGACAGUAAUAUUGUGUGUUUGAACGUUAAAGAUGAACUCAGGGAUAUUCUAAACAAUACAAAUUAUGGCCCUAGAGUUAUUUCCGAUAAAAACCUGUCGAACUUGGUUCGUCAUAUGGCAAUGCAUGUUAAUAUGGCGUCAGUUAUUCACCAAAAUCAGAAGACAACUACAGAUACCUAUGGCUGUAAUUGGUUGCAAAGAUUACGUCAGAUCAAGAGGAUUCGAGGUAGAGUUCCUCAUGCGGUAACGGAACAAUGUAGGUCGCUAGACUUAAGGAAAGGCACUCCUAAUAUAAUAGAUUUUACAAAAUAUGUCCUUAGGUAAUUCUUAUGAGUUACAAUAAAACUUUUACAAUUGUUUAUCCUUCACUGAUGAGCUCAGAAUGUUUCGUUAUCACGUGGCCUAUGCACGACUCUU